AUGUCAAGUUUAAUAAAUCGUCCGAAAUCUGAGUUGUCAAGGGAGGAAUUAGAGCAGUUAGAGGAGUUUGAAUUUAAACAUGGGCCAAUGUCUUUGAUAAAUGACUCAAUGAUAGCAAAGACACCGGUAAUAAUAUCACUAAGGAAUAACCACAAGAUUAUCGCAAGGGUAAAAGCUUUCGAUAAACAUUGUAAUAUGGUUUUAGAGAAUGUUAAAGAGCUAUGGACCGAAAAGAAUAAGGACAAAGUAAUCAAUAAAGAGAGAUUUAUAAGUAAACUAUUCUUAAGGGGUGAUUCGGUAAUAAUCGUAUUGAAAGCUCCUAUCAGUUGA